GUAUGAAAGAUGGUACAAAAAAACUACUUCUUCAUGAUGGUACAAUGCCUGAUGGUUCCAAGCAUAUAAUGACCUAUAUAGACAAUGCUAAUGUAAAAAGGCCUAAGAGAAUUAAACAGCCUGAUCCAAACAACCCAAACUGUUGUGCUUUACAUAUUCUUUCAGUUCAACCCGAUUUUGCAGCUCAAAGAUCACGCAUACGAGAG